AAACAGACUGCUGCAACCUGAUUGGCUAAACGCUAUAUUAAACAUUCGGGACUAGCAUUUCUAGGCGUUAGCCACUUUAGCAUGGUGAUGGAAAACUGUGUUUCAUAAAGAAAGUACCAUUUUCCCCGUUUUUGCCCCUCCGUCAAAUCUAGUUAAGGAGGAAAUCAAGUUCUUUGCAGCAGACUGAAUGAAGAAUGUUUUAGGUACGAAUUCACUGGGGAUACGAGUGUAUUUCCGCUGCAUACAAUGCAUUUGGACGGUAAGACUCCAUAUCUCCAUCUACCGGCCGCUCUGCUCUGCGGCUGAAUACAGUAAUAUGCAGAUUCACAUCAGCCCAACGGACUAGUCAGAGUUUUGUCUUCUAAGUCUCCACAACACCGCUGCCCUAAAAUACCGUAUUUACAUUUAUGCAGCAACAAAUGGGGAACUGUAGGCUACCGUAAAGAUCUGAGUAGGUUGAUUCUCCAGUAUGGGAAACCCAUGGACAGACUCGCUGUGGGAACUCAGAAGUUGUCUCUGUCUGUCUCCUGUCUGUCCCGCUGUCUCAGGUCUGUGAAGGUAAAGAUGUCUCUGGUCGAGCUGGAGAUACCGUCUCCCCUCGUGCGCAGGGGGGUGCACGUUGAGCGCGUGCUGCGGCUGCAGUGAUCAAAUACCUGUCAUCUCUUACUAGCUGCGCUGCGUGCUUGAUAUUACCGAAUGAACGGAGGAUUUACUGGGAACGGGAACUGAGAACAUACCGGCCCAAACCCCCUCCGACUGGACACCGAUGGCUUCAUGACCCUCUGUGUUCUAAUGACUGCUGGAGUGCAGUCGAGCUAACAGGAGCUUUUUGUGUGGAUUACUUGGAACACACACACACACACACACACACACACACACACACACACACACACACACACACACACACACACACCCACCCUUGCCAUACACCUCUCUGGUCAAGAUGAGAGGCCUCCUGCUGAUUACCAUUCUACUCCUGCCGGUGGUGUGCUCCAUGUAUUCUGAGAACUCCGACUGUGUGGUCAAAAGACAGCAGGAGAGAUGUAUGGAGAGGAUCGCCCUGCACAACCUAACACACUACCUGGAUAAUGGCUGUCCGUGGAUGUGGGACGAUCUGUCUUGUUGGCAGGAUGCAGCUGUAGGUGAAGUGGUAUCAGUCAGAUGUCCUGAAGUCUUUCAUGACCUCCUGAGUCCUGACGAUGAGAUUGGUUGGAUCAGUAGGAACUGUACAGCAGAGGGCUGGUCAGAAACAUUUCCUCACUACGUUGACGCCUGUCUGUCAGACGAUAACACCACCAGACCGGACAUGCACUAUGCGUCUGUGAAAGCUCUGUACACAGCAGGAUACAGCACCUCUUUGGUCUCUCUCACCACCGCCAUGACUAUACUCUGCAGGUUCAGGAAGCUCCACUGUACCAGGAACUAUAUCCAUAUGAACCUGUUCGUCUCCUUCAUGCUGAGAGCUAUCUCUGUGUUCAUCAAGGAUGGGGUUCUGUACACCCAGGAGGAAGAAAACCACUGCUUCAGACACACCGUGGAGUGUAAAGCAGUCAUGGUAUUAUUCCACUACUGUGUGAUGUCCAACUACUUCUGGCUGUUCAUCGAAGGCCUGUACCUCUUCACCCUGCUGGUCCAAACCUUCUUCCCAGAGAGGCGGUACUUCUACUGGUACACCGUGGUAGGGUGGGGUACUCCCACCAUUUGUGUAACUGUCUGGGCUGCUCUGAGGCUUCACUUUGACGACACAAGUUGCUGGGAUACCAACAACACCACUGCCCUCUGGUGGGUGAUCAAGGGACCUACGGUCGUCUCCAUCAUGAUCAACUUUGUCCUGUUUGUUGGGAUCAUAGUCAUUCUGGUCCAGAAGCUGCAGUCGCCUGACAUCAGAGGGAAUGAGUCCAGUAUCUACCUCAGCUGUGCUCAGAAAUGCUUCAGUGAGCCCACUCAGGCUGUACAACAUUCCUGCAGGAUGUCAGAGCUAUCAGUCAUCACACUGCGUCUGGCUCGGUCCACCCUUUUACUCAUCCCCCUCUUCGGGAUCCACUACACUGUGUUUGCCUUCUCACCAGAGGACGUCAGCAAGAAGGAGAGGCUGGUGUUUGAGCUGGGCCUAGGAUCUUUCCAGGGUUUUGUUGUGGCUGUCCUCUACUGUUUCCUCAAUGGAGAGGUGCAGUCUGAGAUCAAGAGGAAGUGGCGUAGCUGGAGGGUGAACCGGUACUUUACCGUGGAUCUGAAGCAUCAGCAGCGCCACCCAUCCCUGGUCAGCAGCGGUGUCAACGGGGGAACACAGCUCUCCAUGCUCAGUUCCAAGAGCUCCUCCGCCUUACAGAUACGCAUGGUGGGCCCCCUGGCCGAGACACCGUCCACACUCAACCUGCCCACUUGAUUGUCUCAAACCCCUGGCCGAGACACCGUCCACACUCAACCUGCCCACCUGAUUGUCUCAAACCCCUGGCCGAGACACCGUCCACACUCAACCUGCCCACCUGAUUGUCUCAAACCCCUGGCCGAGACACCGUCCACACUCAACCUGCCCACCUGAUUGUCUCAAACCCCUGGCCGAGACACCGUCCACACUCAACCUGCCCACCUGAUUGUCUCAAACCCCUGGCCGAGACACCGUCCACACUCAACCUGCCCACCUGAUUGUCUCAAACCCCUGGCCGAGACACCGUCCACACUCAACCUGCCCACCUGAUUGUCUCAAACCCCUGGCCGAGACACCGUCCACACUCAACCUGCCCACCUGAUUGUCUCAAACCCCUGGCCGAGACACCGUCCACACUCAACCUGCCCACCUGAUUGUCUCAAACCCCUGGCCGAGACACCGUCCACACUCAACCUGCCCACCUGAUUGUCUCAAACCCCUGGCCGAGACACCGUCCACACUCAACCUGCCCACCUGAUUGUCUCAAACCCCUGGCCGAGACACCGUCCACACUCAAGCUGCCCACCUGAUUGGCUGAGAACCCACUCGCCCACCGGAUUGUGUAAUUGGCUCAGACCCCUCACCAACCACUUAUCUUCCCAGACAAUUCAGAUUCAUGUCCUUUAGUUAUCUUUAGAAAAUAAAAAGAGUUGAUGCUCUCUUUCAAAUAAUAUGUUCAAACAUAAGGUGACUAACUCCUCCCACUAGCCAGGCUCUCUCAUAGAGUAACUAACUCCUCCCACUAGCCAGGCUCUCUCGUAGAGUAACUAACUCCUCCCACUAGCCAGGCUCUCUCAUAUAGUAACUAACUCCUCCCACUAGCCAGGCUCUCUCAUAGAGUAACUAACUCCUCCCACUAGCCAGACUCUCUCGUAGAGUAACUAACUCCUCCCACUAGCCAGACUCUCUCGUAGAGUAACUAACUCCUCCCACUAGCCAGGCUCUCUCAUAGAGUAACUAACUCCUCCCACUAGCCAGGCUCUCUCGUAGAGUAACUAACUCCUCCCACUAGCCAGGCUCUCUCGUAGAGUAACUAACUCCUCCCACUAGCCAGGCUCUCUCAUAGAGUAACUAACUCCUCCCACUAGCCAGGCUCUCUCAUAGAGUAACUAACUCCUCCCACUAGCCAGGCUCUCUCGUAGAGUAACUAACUCCUCCCACUAGCCAGGCUCUCUCAUAGAGUAACUAACUCCUCCCACUAGCCAGGCUCUAAUAGAGUAACUAACUCCUCCCACUAGCCAGGCUCUCUGAUAGAGUAACUAACUCCUCCCACUAGCCAGGCUCUCUGAUAGAGUAACUAACUCCUCCCACCAGCCAGGCUCUCUGAUAGAGUAACCAACUCCUCCCACUAGCCAGGCUCUCUCAUAUAGUAACUAACUCCUCCCACUAGCCAGGCUCUCUGAUAGAGUAACUAACUCCUCCCACCAGCCAGGCUCUCUGAUAGAUUAACCAACUCCUCCCACUAGCCAGGCUCUCUCAUAUAGUAACUAACUCCUCCCACUAGCCAGGCUCUCUCAUAGAGUAACUAACUCCUCCCACUAGCCAGGCUCUCUCAUAGAGUAACUAAUUCCUCCCACUAGCCAGGCUCUCUCAUGGAGUAACUAACUCCUCCCACUAGCCAGACUCUCUCAUAGAGUAACUAACUCCUCCCACUAGCCAGGCUCUCUCAUAGAGUAACUAACUCCUCCCACUAGCCAGGCUCUCUCAUGGAGUAACUAACUCCUCCCACUAGCCAGGCUCUCUCAUAGAGUAACUAACUCCUCCCACUAGCCAGACUCUCUCAUAGAGUAACUAACUCCUCCCACUAGCCAGGCUCUCUCAUAGAGUAACUAACUCCUCCCACUAGCCAGACUCUCUCAUAGAGUAACUAACUCCUCCCACUAGCCAGGCUCUCUCAUAGAGUAACUAACUCCUCCCACUAGCCAGGCUCUCUCAUAGAGUAACUAACUCCUCCCACUAGCCAGGCUCUCUCAUAGAGUAACUAACUCCUCCCACUAGCCAGGCUCUCUCAUAUAAUGUGAUAUAAAUGUAUUCUUUGACAUGAACAAUAUAUUCACCAAAUAAUUACAAAUGUAAAAUGUGAUGCCAUAUUGUGGCUUUUGCUGUUAUUCUACAUCAUGUAGUGCCAUACAGGUUGUCUCCUCUGAGGUCGUGACCUGACACAGAGCCAUAUAUAGAGAGAGAGACCAACCAGAUCUCUAUAGCUCUGAUAUGACCAGGAUCCAGAGAGAGACUAACCAGAUCUCUAUAGCUCUGAUAUGACCAGGAUCCAGAGAGAGACCAACCAGAUCUCUAUAGCUCUGAUAUGACCAGGAUCCAGAGAGAGACUAACCAGAUCUCUAUAGCUCUGAUAUGACCAGGAUCCAGAGAGAGAGACCAACCAGAUCUCUAUAGCUCUGAUAUGACCAGGAUCAAGAGAGAGAGACCAACCAGAUCUCAGACAUGUCUGUAAAACGCUUCAGUAACUAUUUUAACUUAGAUGUUUUAUGUCUUUGAAAAAUAAGGUGGUGAAAUGUGGUCCUUUAUUUUCUAUAUCAGCCAUCGGUACACAGUAUGUCAACACAAUGAAAACAGCUCAUGGUUCAAUGUGGACGAAACAUUAGGAACACCUGCUCUUUCCAUGACAGACUGAACAGGUGAAUCCAGGUGAAAGCUAUGAUCCCUUAUUGAUGUCACCUGUUAAAUCCACUUCAAAUCAGUGUAGAUGAAGGUGAGGAGACCAGUUAAAGGAUGAUUUUUAAGCCUUGAGACAUGGAUUGUGUAUGUGUGCCUUUCAGAGGGUGAAUGAUUAGGACAAAAUAUGGGAAUGCCUUAGAACGGGGUAUGGUAGGAGGUACCAGGCGCACCGGUUUGAGUAUCAACAACUGCAACGCUGCUGGGUUUUUCACGCUCAACAGUUUCCCAUCUGUAUCAAGAAAGGUCCACCACCCGAAGCACAUCCAGCCAUCUUGAACAUGGGCCAGCAUCCCUGGAGUCAACAUGGGCCAGCAUCCCUGGAGUCAACAUGGGCCAGCAUCCCUGGAGUCAACAUGGGCCAGCAUCCCUGGAGUCAACAUGGGCCAGCAUCCCUGGAGUCAACAUGGGCCAGCAUCCCUGGAGUCAACAUGGGCCAGCAUCCCUGGAGUCAACAUGGACCAGCAUCCCUGGAGUCAACAUGGGCCAGCAUCCCUGGAGUCAACAUGGGCCAGCAUCCCUGGAGUCAACAUGGGCCAGCAUCCCUGGAGUCAACAUGGGCCAGCAUCCCUGGAGUGAACAUGGGCCAGCAUCCCUGGAGUCAACAUGGGCCAGCAUCCCUGGAGUCAACAUGGGCCAGCAUCCCUGGAGUUAACAUGGGCCAGCAUCCCUGGAGUCAACAUGGGCCAGCAUCCCUGGAGUCAACAUGGGCCAGCAUCCCUGGAGUGAACAUGGGCCAGCAUCCCUGUGGAACGCUUUCAACACCUUGUAGAGUGAACAUGGGCCAGCAUCCCUGUGGAACGCUUUCAACACCUUGUAGAGUCAACAUGGACCAGCAUCCCUGUGGAACGCUUUCAACACCUUGUAGAGUCAACAUGGGCCAGCAUCCCUGUGGAACGCUUUCAACACCUUGUAGAGUCCAUGCCCGGAUGAUUUGAGGCUGUUCUGAGGGGAAAAAGAGGGUCAACUCUAUAUUAGGACGUGUUCUUAAUGUUUGAUAUACUCAGUGUAGUAGGUAAUAACUGUUUUUGCUUCUUUGUUUUUUAUUUUUACAAUUUGAGCUGUGUUGAUAUGUAAUGUUAUGGUGUUAUAUGGUGUAAUGAUAUGGUGUUAUAUGGUGUAAUGUUAUGGUGUAAUGAUAUGGUGUAAUGUUAUGGUGUAAUGAUAUGGUGUUAUAUGGUGUAAUGAUAUGGUGUUAUAUGGUGUAAUGAUAUGGUGUUAUCAUAUGGUGUUAUCAUAUGGUGUAAUGAUAUGGUGUUAUCAUAUGGUGUAAUGAUAUGGUGUUAUCAUAUGGUGUAAUGAUAUGGUGUUAUCAUAUGGUGUAAUGAUAUGGUGUUAUCAUAUGGUGUUAUCAUAUGGUGUUAUAUGGUGUAAUGAUAUGGUGUUAUCAUAUGGUGUAAUGAUAUGGUGUUAUCAUAUGGUGUUAUCAUAUGGUGUUAUCAUAUGGUGUAAUGAUAUGGUGUUAUCAUAUGGUGUAAUGAUAUGGUGUUAUCAUAUGGUGUAAUGAUAUGGUGUUAUCAUAUGGUGUAAUGAUAUGGUGUUAUCAUAUGGUGUUAUAUGGUGUAAUGAUAUGGUGUAAUGAUAUGGUGUUAUCAUAUGGUGUUAUCAUACAGUGUAAUGAUAUGAUGUUAUCAUAUGGUGUUAUCAUAUGGUGUUAUCAUAUGCUGGUAUAAUAUGGCAUUAUCAUAUGGUGGUAUCAUACGGUGUUAUCAUAUGGUGUUAUGAUGAUAUUAAUAAGCAGUGUUAAUAAGGACAAAACAGACCUCGUCGACAAACGGUUGAAAGCAGAUGGCUGUGUUAAUUUUCUGUUAAUUUUCAGACGAUUCUCCGUGUUGAAUCAGCAGCUUUUAUCGCCACCCAGCAGGGGAUCUGCACAGCCGCCGACCGUUAUGUUGUGCAUUGUCCUUCAGGAUGACAUUUCAUCUGAGGAUCUGGAGUCCUGAUCUGUAGAGUUCAUCCUAUGUUAUAUAAGAUAUAAAUAUAAAACAUCUUCUCUUUCUCUUCUACUCUCAAAUAGAUGUAUUGGCUAGAAAUAUGGUUUUAACAUUGUAUUUUAUAAUACCAAGCUUAUAAAGGCUAUUUCUUUAAAAAAAUAAAUAUAUAUAUAUAUAUAUAUAUUGAGGAGACCAGGUUGUCCAAAUGUCUUUUGUUUAAUUCUACAUUUAUAGAAUCCCAUUCCAAAGUGCCUGUUGGUCACCAUACGACAGAAGGCUCCGUGAUGUAUCUAUUUGCUGUAUUUCUGCAAAUAACGUGAAGAGUGGAAUAGGUUCCUUUCAAGUAAUGUUUUUUUCUGAAAUGAUUCCAAAAUGUCUGCCAAUAAAAAGGACAAAAUCUA